AUGACAGGGAUCCCCCCUGGACCCAAUUGUACUUUCAUCGGUGAUGAAGAUGUGGAAUAUAUAAGCCUGGGCGGGUAUCACCUGGUACACUUGGGGGACACAUUUCCUACACAGGAGAAUCUAAGCCGUUGGGUGGCGCUGAAAAUAAUCAUUGCUGAUCUUACAGGGAACAACAGAGACACCACCGUCUUAAAGUGGCGGAACACUAGAUUUCACGAUCAUCCAGGACUCAGGAGCCAGACAACGUAUCUUCAGCAGGAAACAGUAGUGCCCGGCGGUAGGCGGACGGCAGUGGUGCCUCUAUACCCUCCACAAUUUUUGAUCGCACCGAUGAUCCAGAUUUGCACUUUGGGAACACCGGUUUCAAAAUACCUGGUAUCGACCAAUACACGGAGGGAUCAAAUGAUGGAACUCAUGGAGGAGCCAAGCAUACUUCCUGUGAUACCAUGA